CUGUUGUAAGUCAGUUGGCCAGGCGGGGAACAUCUGAGACUGCUUUAGAAAUCCCACCGAACCAAAAAUGAUCUAUUCGGAGAAUUGCUGUUGCUGCAUAGAGCUGAAGUGCUUCUGCAUCCUGAUAGCCAUCGUGGAGGUGCUCAUCCGCGGGUUGGAUCGUUUUUUUGUGGAUCGCGACAGCAUCCUGGGAUUUUUGUCCCUCGUGGUGAGCGGUAUCUACGUAAUCUGCUGCAUAUUCCUUCUUCUUGGAGCCGUGCUGGGGGUAAGGUACUUUCUGUUGCCCUACCUCUCGGUUUCCUGCCUCCGCUUCCUUAUUUUGGUUGCCGAGGGCGUGUUUGUGGCCACGGAAGGCUUCGUCAAUGAAUAUCUUGUCUUCGAUGUUCUCCAAUCUCUUCUUGGUCUAUACUUUUGGCUGGUGGUCUUCUCCUACUACGAUCUGUUGAAGGACACCUGAGUUUAUAUAUUUGUGCUUACUUUUAUAUUGUAAAAAAUACUUGUUUAGAUCUGAGU